AUGGCCGCCACUCCCGAUCCCGAUGUCCUCAACAUCCCGUUUCCCAACCCACGACUGGCCACGACCGCUCUCAAGGCCAUUCAGGUGGACCCCGAACUCUCUCCACUUGUCAGGCGACAGCUCACCGUUGUCCCGGCGCCGACGCAGGGCCCCAGCCCCAGCGACCACGAUGCGCAGAUCCUCGAGGUUCGCUACACGGCCACCACCAAUCGCAUGCUACGCGUCGCCGUCAAUGGCUUCAUGGAGAGCUUGAAACUUGUGGUGGAGGUCAUGGAGCAGCUAGACACUGACGUCCUCGGCCAACAGCAACAACAUGGCCCCGGACUUUCGAACUGA